UAUUCUUGUCUCAAAUUACGUGACCAUGUAUAUGUUCAAUAUUCAAUAUUUUUAUAUUUAACCUAUUUCUGUGUAUUUGUGUAUUUGUGUAUCUGUGUAUUUGUGUAUUUGUGUAUUUGUGUAUUUGUGUAUCUGUGUAUCUGUGUAUUUGUGUAUUUGUGUAUCUGUGUAUUUGUGUAUUUGUGUAUCUGUGUAUCUGUGUAUUUGUGUAUUUGUGUAUUUGUGUAUUUGAGCUCAUGUUAA